CUAAUUUACAGGUUUCCACCAAAUCGAUCUCAUUGUCCAAUUGGGUGUGCUUACACUUCUUCAAUAUUAAUUUCUACUCAUCUUAAGACCCAAUGUGAAGCCAAAAAAAAUAGUGGACAAAUGGUUCGUAAACCAUCUAUAUAAGUCGAUAUUAGGAACCAUAUUCCUCCCACACUCACAUAGAAAAAUUACAAAGAUGGAGACAAUGUACAUGUGUAUACCUCUUUGUUUGGCCUUGUAUCUCUUCACUAAACACUUGCUUCAUAAGCUUCAUAACCUCCCACCGACUCCUUUUCUCUCUCUCCCCAUACUUGGCCAUCUCUACCUCUUAAAGAAGCCAUUGCACCGGACCUUGGCCGGUUUUUCCAGCCGCUAUGGCCCUAUAGUUUUCCUCCGUCUCGGUUCACGCCCUUCCCUUCUUGUUUCUUCACCUUCUGUUGCUGAGGAAUGUCUGACCAAAAACGAUAUCGUUUUUGCCAACCGCCCUCAGCUUAUCGCCGGGAAAUACAUAGGCUACAACUACACCAGCCUCGUCUGGGCCAACUACGGCGAUCACUGGCGGAACCUCCGGCGAAUCUCGACCCUCGAAAUCCUCUCCUCCAGUCGCAUUCAGAUGCUUUCUGGAAUUCGUGCUGAUGAGGUGCGGUUGCUGGUUCUCUGGCUUUUGGAGCAUGAGAACCAGACUGUGAACAUGAAGGCGAUGCUGUUUGAGAUAACGACAAAUGUGAUGAUGAGAAUGAUCUCUGGGAGGAGGUAUUAUGGCGGGAGCAUGGCGGAGGCGGAGGCGGAGGAAACGGUGAAGUUCCGGGAGAUAAUGGCUGACACAAUUCGGCUGGGAGAUAUGAGCAACAUCGGAGAUUAUUUACCGAUGUUGAGGUGGUUAGGGGUGAAGGGGAAGGAGGAGGGAUUGAGAGAGUUGCAGAGGAAGAGAGAUAGGUUCAUGCAGAGCUUGAUAGAAGAGCAUAGAACAAGAAUUGCCAAGGACAAGGAGUCAUCUUCAUCAUGCUGUAAUGGCGACGAUGGAGAGAAGAAGAAGAAGAAGAAGAAGACGAUGAUUGAAGUGAUGCUGUCGCUACAAGAGAAGGAACCUGAUUACUAUACGGACCUGAUCAUCAGAGGCCUCAUGCUGGUUCUACUGGGAGCUGGAACUGAUACCACAGCCACGACUAUAGAAUGGACACUAUCACUUUUGCUGAACAACCCACAUGCCCUAAAGAAGGCACAAAUGGAGAUUGAUAAUCAUCUGGGGGACAACCAUCUCAUCCAAGAAUCAGAUUUAAACCAGCUUCCAUAUCUCCAGUGUAUCAUAAAGGAGUCGCAGCGCAUGCACCCUGUAGGCCCAAUAAUACCUCAUGAGUCGUCCGGCGAGUGCACAGUAGGUGGUUAUCGCAUACCUCAUGGGACGAUGCUACUUGUUAAUGUAUGGGCUAUACAGAAUGACCCUAGAGUCUGGGAGGAGCCAAGGAAGUUCACGCCGGAGAGAUUUGAGGGCAUGGAACUGGAGAAACAUGGGUUCAGGCUAAUGCCAUUUGGGUCAGGCAGGAGGGGUUGCCCUGGGGAGGGCUUAGCCGUACGUAUGGUUGGGCUGGUGUUGGGAUCAUUGAUUCAGUGCUUCGAUUGGGAAAGUGUAGGUGAAGGGAUGGUGGACAUGAGUGAGGGGACUGGUCUUUCUUUGCCAAAGGCUCAGCCCUUGUUGGUUAGGUGUAGGCAUCGUCCAGCCUUAGUGGACCUUCUUUCAAAAGCUUGAAUCAAUUGUGUCACUUUUAUCAUAUAUAAUGUGUGUUCAUGAUAUUAAUUGUUGUUGGGACGGUGUAUGAUGUAACAGGU